GCGUUCAGUCCAAUUCGUGCACCCACCCCCGCAGCUUGGUGCGCGGCUAAUCGAAACGCGCACGAGUAUCGCGAGCCUUUUUAAACGCAUCUCUCGAGUUAGACGCGAUCUGUGUCGUUCCAGGUACGAUGAGGAUCUUCUAACGAGAAUGACGUUCCUGUGGGAAUGCGUGAACGAUGGGACGAGACACGCGUUCCAUCGCGAUUCGAUUGUUAUUGACGCGAGGGUUGGAUGCACGGCGGCCAUGUCGGUCGUCAGAUGAGGGGGUUAAACGACAGAUGGAGUGGCGAUCGUUUCGGUCCACCCUGCCUGCGCUGGAAUGCCCUCAGCGAGGAGCCCGUCGACGUUGUCGUCUUUCGUGGAGCUUUUUUCCACGCCACGAUCAGGUGACCGACCUGAGGCCCUUCUUGAACCGUGUGGAAGGUUCUCCGAUCGUUAAGGGACGUCCGUGAAGGGACGCGGGACCAGGGAAACCGACACGGGAAAGCGCCAGCCGUGUGGUCCACUUUACGCGUACACGGGGGUGUGCUGUGUUGUGUUGUGCACCAGAAGGCGGUUCCAGUGCACUCCGCUCGAUCGUAUCUCGCCGUUCCAGCGUCCGGCGGUGUCUUCCUGUACGAGGUUCCCGUGGAACUGGCGUGGAUUCCGUGGUCGUGCUUCGUUAUCGACGAUCGUCAGCCGCGCUAAGGGGACAAGGACGCGAGUGGCCUACCAAGUCAAAGCGGAACACGGGAGUGUCGUCCACCAUUUUGGCUGCGCGUGGUUAUUCGACGUGUGCAUCGUUUUCGUCGCACGUUCGCCCUUCUCGUGGCUCGCAACGCGGACACGAACACGCGAUGCACACGGGAAUCGCGAUCGCGACGAGGGACGAUCGGGAACGAAGUUCGGAGAGGUAACUGAGCGAGAUGAUGUUCGAAGAGCGCCGCUAAAUGGAGCAAGGCGAGGGCUGUUUUCCUCGUCGAGAUCUCGACGCUGUCAGCUGGUCGUUGGGUCGAGCGACAGUGCCGCGAAUCGACUGUGAACCUGGGAUUCGACGAUCAGCCCGCUACGAACGUUCGCCGCGAACGGAGUCCGGAUGCAUCGUCGACGUUCGAGGUGAAUGGUGAAAAAGAACGAAGUCGCUCGAAAGUGGGUUACCGUAAGUGCCGUCUCCGUGGUCGCCAGAGAAGGCGGCCGAUCUCGAAGGAAAUCCUGUGCUUCGCCGUGAUCGUGUUUACCCUCGAUCGCUCGUUGCCGAUACUCGUCGAUUGGCGAGCUCUUGAUCGGAGACGACGGCGACGUGUCCGAGGGGGCCAGGUCGUGUGCAGAGCGUCUCGAGUGCCAUUAACCCCGUUCGUGGCCACCUCGCGGCGGGCGACUCUCGUUUCCGCGAUUUUUCUUUCGGACUCGAUCUUUCUCGCGGUCCGUUUUCGCGCGAUGGGAGAUGGCCGGCGCGAUUCCCCACAAGUCUCGAAUUCGUGGAAAAGGCGCACAAUCCAUCCGGCUGACCGCGAGUCGUUCGCAUUGAUACGCGCGAAACGAUGAAGAGAUUCGCUAGGGACGAUAGAACCACGCGCGUGUUUCUUGUAUACGAUGAAAAGACGAGAAACGCGACGUCUGAUCGUGUCGGUGUGACGCGGCCGUAUACGAGGGGGGUGGUAUUAUGAACUGGAGAGGAACAGUGGCACGGGCUGAGAGAAUGAACUUGUUCUACCCGAUGGAGACCGACCAACUGCCUUUCGUUUCGACGCUGGACCGGAUCCUCCGGCGUACUUCUACAUGUUUCGUGUUCCGAUCAUUCGACUGAAGUGGUAACUGGUUUCGUGUGAUCAGUGCUCCGAGUGUGUUUUUGUCGACGUUCCGACGAGGAUUACCCUGUGCUGCGUACGGUACUCCGGCAUCAUCACAGACACAAUUCUUGGCAUGCGUAUGCCGAAGGAGGAGGCAGGAGGGGUAGAAUUGAACAGGACCGUGGAGCAUGGCGUAGUGCUCGUUUUGGGGGUUGCUGGCAGAUCAAAGGACGCGAAAGAGGGUCUGGCCGCUCUCGAGCGGUUCGAGGGCCGGUGAGCAUCGCGACGGGGCGAGCAACCCCGUUGCAUCGUCCAACGUCUAACAACCCUCCCGUCUGUCACUGUCGACGAACAACAGAACAGAUGUCCUGACAGCGGGCCCCGGGCCACCAGGAUGCCGACAGACGACGACUAUGGCCGAAGAGAACGUCUCCUACUGCACCAACAUCCGAUCACUCAGUACGGGUCCUCGUCAUCUCCGGUUCCAGGGCCAAACGGCGGAACGUCAGGAAGCGUCGGGUCCCAGAUCGAGUCCACCAACUCCACGGAGUGUUACAAACCGUCGCAGCGACAGGCGAACCAGCAAACGGGCGAUCUACGAGGAACGAGCGGAUCGAACGUUGCCGCUAGCCAGCAAGAUCGUUACAAGUCCGAGCAGUCCGCACAAGGUGGGAGCGAGCACGUCGAUUAUGGCGGCCGGGAACGAAUGUGCGGCAUUGAGAGGCACGACAAGUCGACGGACAAGCCGACGCUCGACGAUUUCCCCAAGUCCUGCGCGGAAACGCGUUCCAUACAGUCCGGAUGCGACCGAUACGGUGGAGUACACUACCAGAACCAGGAACGAUUCGGUCAGUCCGCCGUUCUGCAAACGCACCACCAAUACGGCGCUGGCAGAGCGAGCGCGUCCGGUCAGACACUGUCGCAGAACGUUGUUCUGGCCGAGCGUUUUCCACGGUUCAACGAGCUCGCCGGUCUCCACGGUGAGCAACGACUGUCCUUGGCCCCGAGCGAACGCUUUCAGCCGGGUAACGGCCCCGAGCUUCGCUUCCAUCGUCCGGCUAGCGAGCUGGUGUCCACCGGAAACGAAUACGCGAACACGAACAUACUGGUGUCCGGCUGCGCGACCAGCCCGUUCUCGUCCGAGACGUUCCCCUCACCGCCGUCGCCGGCACCAGCGAACGAUCGGUUCGUGCCACCGCCGCCACUGUCGCCCAGCCCAAGCGAGAAGUACUCCUCGACCCAGAGUCUGGCUGGUUAUCCUGCUGGUGAUCGGAUUCUGCCCCCAGGUUCUCCAAGCGCCAGAUAUGGCGGUGGCACGGCACCAGCCUCACCGAUGCCAGCUAAGGAGCGAUUCUCCUCGGCGGAACGAUUACUGGCCAAUCAGCAGCCAUCGGCGGGCUCCGUGCACGAGUCCAAGGAUCAGCAACGAUACGCUGGAGCCAGCGAUCGCCUGUUGUCCGGCUCGUCACCGGUGCUGGGAAGCCUACAGGCCGGUCUACAAAGCGACAGGAACGGAUUAUACUCCGCCGGCAAGGAUUCCGCUGCCGGAUCGAGGUACGGAGCCAUGUCCACGGACAGGCUGCUCUCCUCGUCGCCUAUACACGCCCCGGUGCCAGAGAGGUUCGCGAGCAAGUCGACGGAACGGUACCUCGGCGGCUCGCCGGUCCACGAACGAUACCAUCGACAGGAAACGGCGUCCGUGCAUCACGAACGUUACUCGACGCUCUCGUCGAGCGCCGAAAGGUUUCUCUCGAACUCACCGAAUCCCGAGGCCUCGUCUCAUCAAAGAUACUCGUCGACGGAGAGGUCUCUGCAAGCGUCGUCCAGCGGUGAACAGAGACGUCUGUACACCGAUCGCGGUGUCGAGACGGUCUGCCAGAAGUACGGCGAUCGACCCGCCGGAUCGCCGGCGCCUACGGACUUCAACAGAUACUCGAGCUUCCAAGAGGUGGGCAAUACUCAGUCCAGAUAUGUCGGGACCGCCGAUCGUUUCAACGAGCUCGCGAUACAGCGUUGCGGUCAGUCUCGGGGCAACGAUAGAUUCUGCGUGUCUACCGAUCGCUACCUCGCGAGCUCGUCGCCGGGACACGACGGCAGGAUGGCCAACGGCGACGCGUCCAGAUACGUCGUCUCGGGAUCGUCGACGGAGCGGCUGCUGUCCGCGACAUCGUCCUCGUCCUCCUCGUCGACCGACACUGUCGCCCGCUAUCACUCCUCGUACACGAACACGACGGCCACGCAGUCCGCGACGUCCAGCGAUCGUUUCACCUCCGUCUCGCCGACUCCCGAGGCGAGCUCGACGAACCUUAGAUCGGGAACGACCGGGACGAACGUGGCCUGUCCCGGCUAUCAGACCGCGACGAAGACCAGCGUGGACAAAUAUCUCCAGGUGUCCAAGUCUGUGCAGAGCUACGCGAACGAUCGGUAUAAUCCCGGGAGCGAUCAGUUCGACAGACUCGGGCAGGAUCGAAGCUACGACCGGUUCUCCGGUAAUGGCGCGGAUCGAUUCUCUUCUGCGACAACUACUCCCGAUCGUUUUCAUUCGGCUACUGAUCGAUACUCUCCGGUACGCGCCGCGGACAAGUAUCUGUCGCUGCCGAAGCCCAAGGAUCGAUAUACCGGUCGCAUAACACCGAUCUCGUCCUCCUGUGGCACUUCGGUCGCCGUCACCUCGACCGAUCGCACUUACGGCUCGGCGAGCGCGACCGGAAGUUACGUACCACCGACCGCGCACACCCCUGUCGAGAGGUACGUGCCUCAGCCGCCUCCGGAGGUCCUCUACCCAGACAGAUACGUGGAUAGGUACGUGCCGCCUUCCGCUCAUACGCCCACGGAUCGUUACGUGCCAACCAACGAUCCGGCCGAUCCGUACAUGAGGAGAGACCUUGGGUUCCAUCAUCAUUAUCGGCUACCGCCGCCGGCCGGCUAUCCGUACCAUCAGUCCCACUUCCGACUCCGCGGUUUCGCGUACGCGUCGCCUGGAAGGCUCGGCGGUAGCCCCGGCUCGAGCAGCUCCAGCAGCUCCGCGUCCAACCAAAGGGACAGCUUCUCAAUGUCGCCGUCGCUCCGGCCGAAGGUACGCGUCUCCGCGGUGGAGUUCCCGACCACCGGCUCCGGCGUUCGCCACGUGUGCACCAAUCCACCGUCGUGCUGCAACGAGGCGUCUGGAAGCGGGAGGUCCUGUUGUCAAGCCAUCAGGAGGUCCCUGCCACCCGGCGCGCUCCCGUCUAUACCUACGCAGUCUGCCUGGCAACCAUCGCCAGGAUCGGGAACGACCGGCACGUCAACGGUUUCUUCGACCGCACCGGACGGAGAGAAUGGUCAGAGCAUCGGUCUGUACCCGGUGGGAAGCGUGGGUCCAACGCCAACGGACUCGACGGCGGCCACGCCGAUCACGACCACGGCGACGAUACCCAUGACGACCGCUGGGACCGUUGCUGCCACGGCGGCGGCCGGUCCCAGCAUCGCCAGAAGCGCGUCGGCCCCAACGGCACCACGACCGGUCGUCCAAUUGGCCAGUACCAGCAGUAAUCCAGGCCCACAGAAACCCAGAUUGAGGAGGACCAUGAGUCGCACCGAGGCAAUCAGGAACUACAUCAGACGCGAAACGGCGCAAUUCUUUGGCGUGGACGAGGAGUCGGAGACGGUGGAGAGACAGAGAUGGUUAGAUCGAAGACGGAGAAUGGCGUCGAGGAAAUACGGUGCCCUUGUUCCGGAACACAGACCACCGGAUCCUGAUAUUACAAGGGACGUGCCGGAUACUACGGAUGUGCCCGAGGGUGUCACAUUGAGAAGAUGGCAGCAACCGGUGAGGCGAAAAGAUUCUGUCGCCAGAAUGACGCUUUCGGGGCUACAUUACGUCGUCGAGUCACUGACGAGACAACGGCCCCGAGAAAGAUCGCAGACCAGGCCGGAGUCGCGAAGUUUUCCACCGAGCGUGGUUGCCUACAUGUCGAGGGCAGAGACGGCGGCGGCGGCGUCCCCGGAAACCGGUCAGGACGAAGAGGAGUCUUUCUUCGAGAGGCCACCGCCGCCACCGCCUCCGCCUCCGCCCCCGGCGUCGCAGCAACAAUCGCAGUCCCAGAUCGAUUCGGGAAUCGGUGGAUCGUCUAAAGACGAGGACGACGUCGCGAAAGUCGCGGACUUGCACGACUCUCCGGCCGACAGGGAAACGUCCGACGAGUUGGUCAGGUUCGCACUGCAGAAGGACGAGAGGACGAUGACAGACGGACAGGUCAGAAGACCUCGUCACAUCCCGAGGGACCACUACAUUUCAAGAGAUUACAGAAAAACGAGUUGGAGCAGGUCGAGGUACGAUCGGCCGUUGGCCGACAGCACCAGGCUGCAGCAAGACGAAGGGGUGACUCUUAGGAGAGAUUUGACCGGGGCUACGAGGAUCUCACCGAGUACAAUCGACAGAAUAUUCGACAACAGUAACAGGAGGCAGUACGGCAUGGGGAUCGUCGGUAGAUACUUGGGAAGAUCGUUUCGUAAAAGCGUGUCGCAAAAGCCGGACGUCAGGAAACAGCUGGACGAUUUCGAAGACCACCGCCCGUACUUCACGUAUUGGAUAACCACCGUUCAAGUUCUCAUUCUGAUAAUAUCGUUGGCGUGCUACGGUUUCGGGCCCGUGGGCAUGGAUCUCAGUCACAGAUCAGGACUGGUUCUGGUGACCAGUCUGUCGUUGCAACAAGUGGACUACCAGGAGCCAGCGAAUUUCUGGUUCGGUCCGCGAGCCGCAGAUCUGAUUCACCUGGGCGCGAAGUUCGCCCCGUGUAUGCGACGGGACAUUAAAAUCCUGAAGGAGAUCGAUGUGUGGCGGGAAAGAGAACGGGACACGGCGUGCUGCAUCAGAAACGACGACUCUGGCUGUGUGCAGUCCAGCAAAGCCGAUUGCUCUAUCCGGGGAUUGAGAUCGACUGCCACGAAUACGAUAUCGACGUGGAAGAAGUGGGGUCCCGGCGACAGUGGGCCAGGCGGGCGCAUAAGCGGAUCGGUUUGCGGGUUGGACCCGAAAUUCUGCGACGCCCCGGCGAGCAUAGCACCGUACGAAUGGCCGGACGACAUCACCAAGUGGCCUAUUUGCCGGAAGACCAACCCUUUUAAUCAGCGAUUCAGUAGAAACGGGAGCCAGCGGGCAAACGGGAACUUCCCAGUGAGCCGGUACAAGGAUAAAAUGGCGGAGCACAUGGUCUGCGAGGUGAUCGGACACCCGUGCUGCAUCGGCAUCCACGGGAUGUGCCGUAUCACCACCAAGGAGUACUGCGACUUCGUCCACGGUUACUUUCACGAGGAGGCUUCUCUUUGUUCCCAAGUCGAGUGCUUGCACGACGUGUGCGGCAUGAUACCGUUUCUUCAUCCCGAGUGGCCGGACCAGUUCUACAGGCUCUUCACGACCAUGUUUCUUCAUGCCGGAAUUCUUCAUCUGUCGAUCACGCUGUUGAUUCAGUACUUUUUGAUGCGGGAUUUAGAGAAGUUAACCGGCUCGCUGCGAAUCGCUUUGAUCUAUUUCACCGGGGCGCUAGCCGGGAACUUGGCCAGCGCGAUAUUCGUUCCAUACCGAGCGGAGGUGGGACCGGCAGGCGCGCACUUCGCCCUUCUGGCAACGUUGAUCGUCGAAGUGCUCCACUGCUGGCCGAUGCUGAAGCAUCCACGCCGGACGCUGUCCAAGCUGAUCCUCGUCUUGGUCGGCCUGCUGAUCUUGGGCAUUCUGCCAUGGGUGGACAACUACGCCCAUCUGUUCGGCUUCAUAUUCGGCUUCCUGGCCGCGUACGCUCUGAUGCCGUUCAUCUCGUUCGGCCACUACGAUCGCCGGCGGAAGAUCUGGCUGAUCUGGAUCUGCCUAAUACUGAUCGUGGUCCUGUUCACGUUGCUCCUCGCGCUGUUCUACAACGUGCCGGUGUACGAGUGCGAGGUCUGCAAGCUGUUCAACUGCAUCCCGUUCACGCGCGACUUCUGCGCCUCGCAGAACAUCAACUUCAAGCGAGAGGAGCCCGUAUGACACACGGGGCCGCGUUUCGAAGUCGAGUUCGAACCAUCAUUUACUCGGGAGGAACCGCGUUCCCGGCGACGCUUGAUCGUCGCGCUGGCCCUGAUACAAUUUACGAUUCGCGAGCCCGUGAACCGGCAAACGUAGAGACACUCUCGUCCCCGACGAACGACACUGCCUUAAAACGUUAAAGAUAACUUCACCGGGAACAGCGGUGGUCUCUCAGCCAACGGACUCUGUGCUCCACGGUGGAAUGUAAAUAUUUCAAUUCGCCUUUAAACACGAUUCGAACGUGACCACGUUUCCCGACGGUGUUCCGAGGGCGUGCUCGCUCCUCGGUCUGAAAGUGUUUAGCGGACUCGGACGGUGAAUCACGAGUCUCGAGUAUACCGAGGAAGCCUGGCCAGCCCUUUAGAGUAUUUAACAAAUGUGGGAGAAGACACGUGUACAUAGGACGGAAACUCUUGUUACAUAUACGAUCUUCGGUAAGAUUAAUUUUAGAGGAAGAAAGUGUUUCGCGGUAAGAGACGACCUCUGACGCUGGUACUUAACUGUGAUGGCGCGCCCGCAACCUUCGAGAAUAUUUUUCAUAACGAGGAGGAAACGUGCAACAUCUAGGGAGGGGAGGUACGUCCAGUACGCGUCUCGUUCACGUGAAUCGGAUGAGCUUAACUCGUCGGGUCGGAGGAAUAGAAAUCGCAGUAACGACAUCGAGAGGAAAGUGUUUCACGAACAUUGAGUACAUAUAUCUGGUGAAUAAUAAUGAAGUAAAAUAAAUUUAAAAAAAAAAAACGAAUCAAUUUUUUAUAACGGCGUGAAAGGGAGAGAGCGUGAGAAAAUGAGGAAGGGUGCGAUUAUCAGAAGAACACUUAAUCAAUUUUCCAACUUGUACAUAAUUAUAGACCGCGGGGGGAGUAUCGGUUAAGGGCGUGGGACGAAGACGAUGGUAGAACGAGAGAAACAAAGCAACGCUGUGUCACUCGUGAACGUGUAUUUUAUUAUGACGGGUAACGUAAACGUGAGAAGCCGAAGGAGCGAGAGAAAAGAGAAUGAGUCUGUUCGUCUUGUCGCGUGUAAACGAUUCGUUUCAGUAUGUACACACAACGUAGCAAUAGCGUAUGUGAUUGUGCCACAACGUGGAGAUCGUCGCAACGGAGAGGGAGGAGAGAUUAUCGAAGGUAAGGGGGAAAGAAAUUUUGCGGAGUGUCGCGUCGCGGGAAUCGCUCGUUCGUAGUUCCAUCGUGCUCGACGGUGAAGUCGAUCUCGUCGACGCAGCAACGGCGAUUAGUCUAUAGAAACGUGUCGCGGAAGGAAAUUGUGUUUCCUUCACGUUAAUUAUUAUUUAUCUUUGCAACAGCCUCUAGAAUCAUUUUUCGUUUAUCGAAUGAAAGGUCUUACGAUCGACGACGAUUAUCUUGCUCGAAGAAUUCGAUUAUUGCGAAGAACGAAAAGUUUAAAGUUUUCUAUUUUAACGCGAAGGCAUGGUUUUCUAUCCUCGUACGUGUUGAGCAUGCCACGACGCACGUUUAUUAUAAUCAUCAGUAUUCUUAAAGCGUACGUAUUAAAGUACUUUUCUCAAAAAUAAGUGAGAGAACACGAUUCAAAUGCGGCAUAACUAAGCGCGUAUUGUAUUCUAUUAUUCAUAUACUCGACGAACGAUUUUUAUACAUUUCCUCUGCGUACGUUCGUGUCUAGCGCUUGAAAUUUCAGAGAUAUCAUUUCCAUCGGCUUAGGAAGUAAUGAUGUUAGUUUGACACUGAAAAAUCUGGCUUGAACGUAAAGAGGGAUCGUGAGCCAAAAAUUGAAAGUACAAUGAAAAUCGUGAACGAUAAUCGACACUUAUUUGAGUAUCCCUUCGCUAUUUAGUACAGUAAAUGAGAUAAGCGAUCGACCCGGCCUGGAUUUAUGGCAAAUGCGACAAUUGCGAUAAUCGAAAACCAUGCUCGAUGAAGUGAGAAUUAUAUCGACCAAACCUCGGCCUGCGUUUCCAAUUGUUUAUGUAUCGUUAGGGACCGUAUAAUGUUUCCUUGUCGAAUACGCUCGGCCAUGCAACGCACAAGUUUCUGUGUCUUUACCGCGUGCCCCUAACGACUUGUGUUUCCUCGCAAGGGAUCGACGUUAGAAAACGAUUAGGGCAGGAUCAAUGAAACGGCUCCCUUGUUCUCGCGACUGUGCAAGAAUGGCCUUUCCCUUUCUUAAAAAUCUUACUUCGGCUUUGAGUCUUUAAUAACGUUCCUGCGCAGUUCAUUAAUCUCGAAUCGUAACAGAUAUUCCUCUUUGAAAGUAGCGCGAUUUAAGACGAAUUUCAAUUAUGAUUGUCACAACGUUCGUUCGUACUCCUGUACACUAUUUUUACGAAAGGGAUGCACCCCACUCUGCGAUCGCCGUGAGAACAAUUAUUCGAUCACGCACACGAUCAUUACAUACAAUGAUUCCAUCGUUUCCUACUCUACUUUUAAUUUGUGUAAAUAAAAAGCCAGCUAUUCCAAUCGUAACGGCGAACCAUAGACGACCGCAAUUCGGAUUAGGCGAACAGUAGGCGUGUAAAGCGUAAAGAGAAACUUUGUGAUAAACGAUAAGAGAAAGGCCGAGGUAAAGAUACGACGAGAAUUGGGGGUAAGGGGGUUCAGGACUUUUGGAUCAGACACACGUACACAGACACACACUCAGCCACGCUGAAAUUUUCGGAUUAUAUAAAUAUAUAAAUAUUAUAAAUACGAGUAUAUAAAUAUAACACGUAUACAUAAAGAGAGAAAAAAAAAUACGAAUUAAGGACCGAGGUGGACCCCGGCGAUCGUCGACGAGUAACAUAUUGUUAUUAUUGUAAAUGUGUCAUAUACAGGUAAUAGCAUGCCAUAAAAAGAUGAGAACAAGUGAAAUCGAAGAAUGAGAGUGAGAGAAUUGGGUGGGUGGGAACCGCGUGGAAGAGAAUCAGCGAAAUACCUUUGGAUAUUUCCAUACCGAUCACGGCGAGGUGGAAUGUCGUCUUUCGCCACCGGGGACGAUCACAGUCGACUGCGUUUACGUUUGUGUCUACCCUUCGGAGAGGCGGCAAACAGGAGGCUACGAGAGCUACGAUUAGGCUAAACAAAACUUCCAAAAAUCCCUUCGAUCGAUUCUUUGAACGUCUCCUCGGUGUUCUUCAAACAUCAAUUCCAAGCACACUUUUCAAUUACUAAUUAUCAUUCUAGACUGCCUGCGUAGCUGUAUAAAUUUUUAUUUGGGAUCCAUUACGAUCGAAAUGACUCGAGACUCGCCUAUCUUUUCAAGCUUACUUCAUGUAUUCGUCAUUAAUAUCCGACGCAGUGAAACACACGUGUUCAAUAAAGUAGAUCGUUCAUUAACAGUUUUCCAAGUUGUCAAUAUUAACAAUUAUUUCAUAAGCAUUUCGAAUUAUAUCGAAUAAAGAUUAGUCAUCGUAUCGAGCAAAGUACACGGUUCAUUAGGAAGCAGAAACGUAAGUAGUAAGAGUCAACGCUCUCGCAGCCCUGGUCCUCCCUCCGCAGGCGAGGCGUUGUCCAAAAGUGCUCGAACAAUGUUCUUGAUCUGACAAAGAACCAUCCGACGUAGAUAUUGUAUUCGUUUGAUGUACCCGAUCGUUUUUGGCACGUGUCCCUCAAACAUGAAAAUAAAGAAACCGACAAACGAGAAAACCGAAUCACGCGAGUUGUCCCCGAUUUAACUUCGUCGAAAACAGAAACGAUUUGUACAGGCGUGAGUCCUCUCGACGAUUCGCUCUCGAUCCGUCGAUGCACAUGGCCAGGGAGGAAUCUGAUUAUUAAAGCAAAGGGAGGGAGAGAGAGAGAGAGAGAAUAGCGACGAGUCGAAGCGCAUGCACCAAAGAGGAGCGUAAAGAGUCACAAUGUCUUGUAAAUAAAACGUACGCGUCGAAAAUGGACCAAGGACCUAAAUAGUGCAGCUCGUGUAAAAUCGAGUAUCCCCGAUCUCGCUGAUCACGUAGACGAGCUCGGCUGGUAGGAUUCGUUAAGUAAAAAGCUACAAUUUAUCCUAACGUUGUUGAAAAUGCGGCGUGAGGUCGGAUCGCGGUCUGGCGAUCCGGGAUUUUCUGUCCGUCAGUUUCUCUCGCGAGCAUUUGAUCACUCAUUGGUUUGCCAUUCGGUGAUCGGACGCCUGCCCGAUAUUCGUAAUUCUUUAGGAUGGAGGGGAAUGAAAGUGCACGUAAGUUCGAAGAAAGAUAAUUUCCGGAGACGAAUUGAAAACGCGAAGUAGCGAGAGGAACACGUUUACGAAGUUCGCGAUGAUCGAAAGAUAGCGGGUCCCGGAUCGCGAACGAAACUCGGCAACGGAGACAGAGCGGAUCCGUGCGAGAGCAAAUUUAUUCUAAUGACAGUCCUCGAUCCCCUUUUAUAUAUAUACAUAUAAAUAUAUAUACAUAUACAUUUAAGAAGAUUCCACCACAGCCGCGCGGUAUUAUUUUUCUGUAUCCCUGUAUCUAUAACGAGUGAUAUAAGCAUUAAAAUGAACAAAAAGCGAUGAUGAACGUAACGAGAACGACGACGAUUAACGAGGACGACGGUGAGACAAAAAUGGAUUUAAGGGUUAACGAGUAAAUAACGACUGUACUAAUUAAACGAUUAAUUAUUAUGGAUUACUUCGCCAGGUAUUUUCGUUUUCAUCUAGUAAUCGGUAAGGUUUUCGAUUACGAUUAUUAUUACUGAUCAUAAACGAUGCAUUGUAAUUGUCGCUGUUAUAUACAAUACAUACAUACGUGCGUAUAAAGAGAAGAUAUAGACGUAUACGAUGUGUGCACACGCGCGCACAGAGACACAGAACACACACACGUUUGGGCGCGCGGGUUCUCUUUAAAUUUACACGCCUGUGCACAUAUGUAUACGUGUAUAAGUCCUUGAACAACAUAUUAAUUUAAUAACAAUAAAGAAAACGUGAAACUCA